GUUCGCCGGCUGGAGUUCGCACAUGACGGCCUGAUGGAGGAGAUCUUCGACGAGACCGAGGUAGGUGAGGUUGGCGAGCCGCUGUGGAAAAGCCAUGUUCAUGAUCUUUCGUGGUAUGAUUCAGAAGAAGUUUGGGAAGAAGGUUGGGAUGAGUAUGAUGGGUUCGGUGGCUACGUGCGCAUGGUUGCUGAGAUUGUGGAGCCUGCAGAGCAUGAGUUGCUAGAGGAUGUCCAGUCUGAGUGUGGUAGCAGCUGCUCUUUGCCUUCCACUUCCACUUUGCAUUUCUCUUUGUGCGAUGAAGAUGAAGUUGUAUCCCAGUGUGAGCUAGACAGUGGAGCUGAAAGUGAUUGGGUUCUGUUGCAGCAAGCCCGAGCUGAAGAAGCCGAACUCUGCGUGCGUGCAGUAGCAGAGGGUCACGAAGUAAUCCUCGACUCAGGUGCUGAUGUCACGGUGCUUCCGAUGCACAUCUUUGGCGAUGUGGGCAUCGAAGACCACGCGAGCGUGUCCUUGGUGGAUGCGCAAGGCUCGAUCAUUCCGCAAGCUGCCGUGAGGGAAGGAGUGACGUUCGUUGUGGAAGGUUGCGAUGGUAGCAGUAUCGUCUUUAAAGACAAGGCAGUGCUAGCGCGUGUCAAGCAACCACUUCUUUGUGCUGGCAAGUUGAUUCGUGAUGUGUGGCUUCCUCGCCCUGACUCAGAGAACCUUGUGAUGGCCAAGGGUUCUCAAGCUUUUCCUCUACAUUGGGCAAGGAACUCCAUUGCCGCUACCAUGAAAAUUUUCAGAACGGAAGAAGCCCAGUUCGUCUACUACACCAGUGAGAUGUAUGAUCCUGAAGUUUUUGCGCAUCGUACCACUUUGGUGCAACAGAGCGGCCGGCGCUACACAGUCUUUGAGUGUGGUGAGUACUGGGAGCCAAAGCCUGUGAUGGAGAUAGGAGGCAACCCUACCAAAGUGAUCACCAUCCUCACCACCCAGCCUGUCGAGCCCGAGUCGCUAGGAAAAGUAGUUGCAGAAGACAUGGCCAUUGUUCCCAGGUUUCCUCGACUUGCACCUGGUGAUGCUGGUGGUUCUGGACAAGCUGAUCUGGAGGCUGCUGGAGCUGAAGAUGAGCCUCGGCAGAGCAUUGGAGCUCCGGUUUUGGGGCCAGAGUUGACAGUGGUGCCUGACGUCGGUGAGGUUGUCAAGCUUGGUGAGAAAGAACUGAGGGAAGAGUCUAGUUUGAGAGAUUUGAGAUGGGGGUGCAAGUUCCUGCGAAUUCCCCACACUGGACCCAAAGCCACGCUCUGGGACCGCCUCAAGAAAGAGGUGGCGAUGAACCAGUUGAAGGUGUCUGUUCAGGCUAGCGAUGCGGUAGUGGAAGCGUACACCCCUGAUGUGAACCAUGGGCCACUUCCUGUGAAGCCUGAUCCCCAGACGGUGAUGAUUCAUGAGCUUACACAUAUUCUCAGAGCAGACUGGUGUGAAGCAUGCCAAGCAGCCCGUUCUCGAGAGGAUGGUCACCCUGUUGUCGAACCUAAGCGCCAGGUGAAUGUCAUCUCUUUGGAAUUUAUGUUCAAUCGCACAGGUGAGUCUGUUCCUCACGAGGAGCAUCCGAUGACAACGUUGAGUCUCUCGACUGAGAUCGAGGAAGCAGUCCCGACUCGACGGAGCACCAGGGAGUCCGAGCUGAAAGGUACAUUGAUUUGGUGCGUCGUUUGGGGGCUCACUUUGCUGCGCACCGUGACUGCAAACACCCAGAGAGCCAUCCCUUCUUCACACCCGUUGUAUUCCUGGAGCUUUCGGCAUGCAGCUUUUCUUUUGACUCGAUACAAAGUACACAAUGAUGGCUGUACAAGUUUCGAAAUCGUUCAUGGCAGAAAGUAUGACUCGAAGAUUGCAGCUUUCGGGUCCACUGUGUUUUGUCAGUUUGUGCCGAAGAAGAAGGUGAAAGGUGUUGCGUGGGAGAAGGCAGUGUACUUGGGCAAGUCGUCAUUAGGUGACCUGAGUAUAGUGGCCAAUGCGAGUGGAGUGCACUAUGCUCGUACAAUCCGUCGCGCAGCUCAGGUUUACCAAGCUGACAUGAUCGUCGCCAUGAAGGGCGUCCCUUGGAAUGCUACUUUGGAUGUGGUGGCUGCCAGGACCACGGGUCGAGGUGCACUAGGACGCGUGCCCGUUGUCGCUGCCCCUGCACUUGGUGAAGCUGAGCCUCCCGCGGAUGAAGCAGCGAGUGAUCCUCCUACUUCCACCCCGCAAGCUUCACAUUCUCCUGGGAUGAGCGUUAUAGAUACUUUGGAUGCGAUGGAAGCCCAGGGUUCCAGCUCAGGGUCCUCUGAGUUGAUUCCGGAUGCGAUGCAAGUUGACAAAGUUGAAGCAGUGGACCGCGAGAGUUUCGUGCCGUUUGUGUUUCGGGUGCUUGAUCCUGAACAACCCCAUGGGCAUGAAGAUGAUUUCGUAGAUUGUGAUCCAGAAGAAGAGAUAGGAAACAUGCCCGUUGAAGAUGAGAUCCUGUGUGAGCCAGAGGAGGAAGUGUUUGCAGAAAGUGCUGGUGCCGUUCCCGGUGAUGCCGGGAUGCCUUGGAGUGGUAGGCCCUGCGAGCUAGGGCCCCCAGAGCUUGAUCCCGAGGAGCUUGAGAAGCUGGAUGAGCAGAUGAAGGAGAAGGAGAUCAGCCGCUUGUUGGACAUGGGCGUCUUGGCCGGAAUGGCUCCUGAAGCUCGUGAAGGGAAGGUCAAGUUGCAGUGCAAGUACGUGCUGGAUUGGAGGUUUAGGAGCGGUUGGACCCGAAGGGCACGAUUAGUUGCCAAGGAAUACAAGUUCUUGGAGCCUGCUUUAACUGACCUUUAUAGUCCGGCCUCUGUGGCUUGUAGCCACAAGCUCCUUGGAUGCAUGUUCGCGUCCAGCCAGCAGCUGGAGUUGGUGUCGCUCGACGUCACCGACGCCUACUUGCAAGUAAAGCAGAGACGUCCUACGUAUAUCCAGACCCCCAUUGGUGAUCUUGAGCUCUUGUAUACCCUUCCAGGGCAACGCACUGGUUCGCGCGAUUGGUAUGACUACUUAGCAGCUAUGCUGGCUGAAGGGGGUAUGGAAACGUUCAAGGGAAACCCAGCAGUCUUUGCAACUCCCCAGCAGGUUGCUCUGAACAGCCAUGUAGAUGACAUGCAGAUCCUUGGCGUGAAGGGUGCUCCAAUGGCGUUGGCAAAUAAAUUGAAGGACAAAGGACUGAAGGUGAAGAUUGAUGGCCCGGUGGACGUGAAUGGGGGGAUCUCGCACUUCCUUAAGCGCAAGUUUGAAUCGGACGAAGAGGGCCUCACUGUCACCCAGGAUGUGAAGUAUGCUGAGCGGUUGGUUGGUCUUUUGGGUUUGGAGAAAGCCAACGAGAAGAAGACCCCAAUGCCCCAGCAAAUCCCAGAACCCGGUUUGGGUGAGCGUCUGAGCGCCGAAAUGCAUGCCCUCUAUCGCCAGUGCAUUGGGAUUUUGCUGUAUAUGAGUAGUGAGCGCCCCGAUCUACAGUAUGGUGUGAAAGUUCUCUCUUCGCGUUGCAGUGAACCCACGGAAACCGACUUUGGUCUCUUGAGGCACUUGGUAAAGUACGUGAAGUUGCACCCUGUAGUUCCUGUGAGACUUGAUCGUUGCGACCCAGGGUGCAGCUUUUUUCAGAAAUGGGAAGGCCGUGAUUGUGAACCAGAAGAUUGGGACCCCAAGCAGUACCCCUUCGGCCUAGACCACCUCGUUGAAGUCGUGACAGAUGCAGAUUGGGGAAUUAAGGUAUUCCAGCAGAGACGUUCUAUGCCCUCGUGUUGCAUCUUUGUGAAUGGUAACAUAUGCCAUGCUGGAAACAAGGUACAGAAAGUGAUCAGCCUCUCCUCGGCGGAGAGCGAGCUCAUGGCAUCGCUCCUUGGCAUGACAGAGGCGACGUUCCUUGCUGAGAUGAUCCGUUUUAUUUGCGGGCCCAACUCGCGGGUGAAGCUUGUGCAUUACGUUGACAACUCAGCAGCGAGGGCUAUCAUUCAGAAGCAGGGUCUCCAGAGAACUCGACAUGUUAGUUUGGCGAAUCGAUUAAAGUACCUCAUGAACUUGAUUGGCAUGAGCUUGGAUGGCGAUGACGAGCCAGAGCAUGUUCGUGUUCGGCGGGUGAGGACAAGGUCCGCUUCUACCCCAGGGUUUGGAGUUGCAGCUGUGAUGCGAGCGCUGGCUGUGAUCAUUGAGGGGGGUGAAGCAGCUAGUGUACAAGAAGCUUCGCGAGAAUGGUUUAACAGAGUGUGGAUUGUCCUUUUCAUGAUGAUGAUCUGCGGCUUGGUGGGUGGUUGGAAGCUCGCGAUGAUCUUCAGCGCCCAUGGUGUGUGGAACCAAGUUUGGAUGAUGAUGAUUGUGGUGGUGGUUUCGGCAAGCGCCUCGAGUGACAAGGAGAUGGUGGCCCACGGCAAGUUCGCGCAACAACUUCGUGACCAUGGUGAUGUUUUCAUCUUCGUGGUUUUGACGGUGCUGAUGUUUGUGGUGCUUGGGUGUAUGCCGCCCCGGCGGUGGGGCCGAUGGCAGCGUGAUCUUGAGGAGCCGUUGGGGCCAGGUGAGAACCAGAACCAGCUCAGGAGCCGCGUUCAUGCGUGGUUUGAGGUGGAGCUUCUUGGUCGUCCCCGAGCCGAGCAACAAAGCGGUGCGACAAGCUCGUCUACAAGCGCGGCCCAAGGACCAGUACCACAGAGUAGCCAUGAUGAGGAUGCAGCCUGCUACGAGGAUUGGGCUGAGGCGGUGUUGGUUGAAGACAAUGGCGAAGGCCAGAGGUAG